CAGGCAGGGGCUGGCCUUAUUUGACGGGAGGAAAAUGGUCAGUCAGACGGCUUCAGUAGUUCCAGACUGAUUCCAGCUGUUUUAUCUCUGCCUCCAGACUCACUUUGUGUGAUCCUUUACACGGCAAAACAAAAGCAUCAGUAAUGGCUGAUGCAAAGAAGAUCAAGCAAACAGCAGCCAAGGUGCUAUGCUGUGUGGAGAAGGUGUCCUCCUUCGCCUCCUCUAUCGACCCCAUCUUUGGCAUAGUCUCCUCACUGGUUGGGGUGGCUCGCAAGGGCCUAAUUGAGGAGGAGGGCCACGCUCUAGACAAAGACUUCCAGUCACUCCGCACCAAACUGGAGAGCAUCUCCGAAAAGAACCACCAAUGCCUGAGGCAGAUCCGCAUCGACGAGGUGAACGAAACUUACAGCAAGUACGAGGAGUACAUCAAGCACCAGUACAGCGCCUUCAACGACAUGGUGGCGCAGGUGAAGAAAGAUCCAGACAACAGUCAGCGCCACAUGAAGACCUUUGAGAAGGUUUAUGAGAGGGACAAGAGUGACAUGAGCCUGGAUGUGUACUACCGCGGUGUGAUGGGCAUCAAGUUGCUGUUUGGAAGACCCCUGCUGAAGGUGUACCUGGACAACUGCGACGGCGACCGUGAGAUCAUGGAGCGCCGCUGUUCACACAUCACCCACCUGUUCCACAUGGGCCUCAUCGCCCUCAUGGCGUACACAACUGUUACAGAGGACGACGAAGACGAGGUGCGGGAAAAGUGGGCCAAGAGGGUGGCAGACAUCCAGGAGAAGAUGCAGGACAUGCUCAGUCAGUGCAAAGACAAGACGUCCUGAAGAUGAAAGUGCAGAGAGAGGACAUCUGGUGAGAAGUUUGCAGUGGUCCAAGGAAAACGGGCAAAAUAUGUUAUAAUAUAUAUCUAAAUAAAACCAAAUGUAUGCACAUAAGCUGAUCUUGUUAGUGGUGCAUUUUAGUUAUUGUAUCAACAUUGUAUGUUAUGUUUUGUUUCAAAGAGACCACUAAAUGUUUCAGUUUGUGUUACAUGCCAAUAUCUUGUAUGCUGAAGUUUUGUACAAUCUCUUCAAUUAAAAUGUACAUAUUACAAGUUGA